UUCUCCUUAGAUUACCUUUUAGACAACUCAUUUUUCCCCUUUUCAGCAAUUUUGUCGUAUUUUUUAUUUUUGUUAAUAAAUAGUCUUGAUGGGCGGCACGGUGGCGCAGUGGGUAGCGCUGCUGCCUCGCAGUUGGGAGACCUGGGGACCCGGGUUUGCUUCCCGGGUCCUCCUUGCGUGGAGUUUGCAUGUUCUCCCCGUGUCUGCGUGGGUUUCCUCCGGGUGCUCUGGUUUCCUCCCACAGUCCAAAGACAUGCAGGUUAUGUGGAUUGGCGAUUCUACAUUGGCCCUAGUGUGUGCUUGGUGUGUGGGUGUGUUUGUGUGUGUCCUGCGGUGGGUUGGCACCCUGCCCGGAAUUGGUUCCUGCCUUGUGCCCUGUGUUGACUGGGAUUGGCUCCAGCAGACCCCCGUGACCCUGUGUUCGGAUUCAGCGGGUUGGAAAAUGGAUGAAUGGAAAUAGUCUUGAUUUAAAGAGACACUUUGUUUGACUUGCCUGUACAAGCCACAAUUUGACUGUUCUCUCCCUUGUGCAACAUUUUUAUAUAUUAUGGGACUUUCUUUGGUUUUUGAACUUUUAAAGCCAGCCCACACACACUUUUUGGGGCCAGCUUUGGCCACAGUGAGCAGGUAGCAGUUAGGGUCUGGCUCUUUUCAGGUAUUCCUUUCAUGGGCAGGUUAUCGAAGGUCCUGACUUCCUUUAUGGCUGCUUUUUGGAGACCUUAACCCAUCUUAGUCAUGUGUGAGACUCUGUCUUAUAACAAUACCAAAGCCGUGCAUGUUUGGUUAAUAGAUGAGUGAGUUAGUUUGUAUGUGUGCCCUGCUAUGGACUGAUAUCCAAUCCAGGGUUGGUUUCUACCUUGCUUUUGAUUCUGCUCUGGAUUACAUGAGUUGAAGGAUGGAUGGAUGUAGGUUACAGCUUGUCAAUUAGAUUGUAGAUUGUUUUUUUUUUUGCUGUUAAGCAGAAUGUGCAUGAUGAAAUGCCUCAUGAAUGUGUCACAGGACAUUUGUAUAAUAUAUUCUUUUGCCAUAGAGUGAAGGGCUGUUUCAGAAUGCAUCUACAAAAGGAAAAAAGUAGGUAAAGUUUAUUCCCAUGCUGAAACAAAAUAGUAAAGAAUGUUAGAGACACAACAUCAAGUCUGUGUAGCUUUCAUCAGAUGUACCAAACGUUAUACACACAAUUAAGAGCACAGUAUUAGUAAAGAAGAAUGAACUCUCCAGUUUGUGAAAAAGUACAUAGAAUAAACAAGAACUGAUAGAGUUCAGAAAUUAAAUUAAUAGAGUUUUAGAACAGCACAGUUAUUUGACAAAGGUAACAUAAUUUGCAUAUGUAAAUUACAUAUGAAUGUUUUAUUUGUAUGUACUGAAUAGUUAAAUUAGUGAUUAAUACUAAAUAUGUAGCUGUUUCAAUAUAUACAUCCAUAAGUCCACUUUCCUAUCCUUUCUCCUACAAUGUGUCUAUCAGUCAGGUUUACUAUAAAAAAUCACAAAAAAAAUCAGUAUUGGUUUCUUCACCUUGUAAUAAAAAAUAAAACUUGUCAGUUAUAUUUUCCUCUCAUUUGUUGUUUUUUUGCUCCAGUUUAAUUACACGUUCAUCUGAGCAGUGAACUCAAGGUUAUGAAACAGUGGAAAUAACCUGCCAAGAGGUGUUUGCCUAUGCUAACAGUAUGUAAUUACAAAGCAGAAAAAUGGACUUUUAGAACAGCAGGGGUAUCAAGGGAAAUAUACAUGUCUGUGUAUUUUAGGGCAGUCUUUGGAGAAUUUCAUUUUUAUAGUGUGUGUAUAGUGUGUCUCAUCAGUGAAAAUCCGACCCAAAAAUUAAUUAACUUGAAUAGUCUUGUCCAGAAAUUGUUGGAUCAGUGAUCUUCCUAACAUUUUGCCAUCCCCGGCUGUUGUUGGCAGUUAUGGAGGAGGAGAACAUUGGCAUGAUUUCGGAUGAUUAUUAAGGUAACAGCUGGCAUUGAAAAUAUAACCUUUAUUUUGGACAACAGCAAUAAGGAAUCAAUUGCCAGAAAUGGAGACUAGCACUAUAUGUCCCAAAAUGACAGUUACACCAACUCGAGGUCUAGUGGAUGAAAAUAUUGUCAUAGUUAUUUCAGGACUGUCUCCAAAGCAAGCAAUCACCAUACGAUCUCUACUUAAUUCCGAAGACAAAGACUUCUGGCAUGCAUAUGGUCAUUAUGUCAGUGAUGAUAACGGAGUGGUAAAUGUGGUUGAAGAUGAGUGUUUAGGAGGCACAUACAAUGGUAGAGAGCCAACAGGACUAAUCUGGAGUUUAAAACCUGUACCUGGAAGCAGACCAGCAUUAAGAUUAAGAAAACUAGAUGUUCUUGCUCCAUUUAUGUUAAACAUAUCAGUUUAUAAAGGGCACAUCAGCAAAUGUUUCGAAGAACCUCCACUGGCAAAUGCCGUAAUAGAGCGCUGGUAUAUUGCUCCAGGAGUUUCUAGAGUAGAUGUUAAAGAGAAAGGCAUUCGUGGAACUCUUUUUAUUCCACCAGGUCCUGGACCAUUUCCUGGAAUUCUAGACAUGUGGGGAGGAGGAAGCAGUGGAAUAACAGAGUAUCGAUCUUCUCUGCUAGCAUCUCAUGGUUAUGCUGUGCUUGCUUUGGAUUUUUUAUCAAGCCAGGCAAAAUCAAUGCAGUCUGGAAAUAUUACAGAAAAAUAUUUUGAGGCAGCAUUUGAAUUCCUUCAGAGCCAUCCUAGGAUAUGCAGUGACCGAAUAAGUAUUUUUGGAUUCUCUUUUGGAGCAUCAGUAGCUGUUGCACUUGUAGCAAAUGAAAACUCAAUCAAUCCUAGAUGUUUGGUGUGUGUUAGUGGAUGUCACAUUAUACAAGUCAAGAAUACCAUUGAUGAUGCAAUUGUGGGAUUUUUCAGACAUCCUGGAAAAGUAAAGUAUGAUGAAAGUAAUCAUGUUAUCUGGCGUGGUCUGUGUCUUCCAAUACCUACUGAUGAAAGUGAGAAAGUUAAAGUGAGAAACCUGAAGUGUCCUUUUUUGUUAAUUGCUGGUAGUGAUGAUCAAAACAUGGCUGCUGCUGAAUCAGCUGAAGAUAUUGAGAACAUGAUGAAGGCAGCAGGAAAUGAACAUCUUUUGACUAAACUUGUCUAUCCUAUGGCAGGACAUCUCAUUGAUCCUCCUUAUAGCCCCCACAUUCGUUCUAGCAAUUUUAUUGAUUCAUUAAAAAACCAAAGAGUUGUUCUAUUAUAUGGAGGAACAACAAAAGAACAUUGUUUCGCUCAAGAAGAUUCCUGGAAAAAGAUCUUGGAUUUUUUACACCAUCAUCUUUACGAUGCUGAAAUCAUUUUACCCAAAGUAUGAUGUUCUGAGAUGACAAAAGCAAGUGAAAAUAUAAUCAAACUUUUGUUGUACAUAGUAAUGAACUAUUGAUACACUUAACAUUUUAAUUAAAACAAUCUCAAUAUUGUAACUCAACAAUUCAACACUUUCAAGCAAAAGAUAGGAAAGCUUUCUUAUUCUACCAGAAAUGUUUUAAGAAGGCCUUUUAUAUAUUUUUUUGG